AUGGGCACUGUGCCCGCUCUUCCCGCUCGCGAAAACGUAACCUUAACGUGUUGUAGUACAUUACCCGCACACGCCGAGGAAGACCCGCUAGAUACGUUGGUAAAACGGUUUUGUCAAAUAGAUGAAUCUCCUUUGAGAACUCCGCCCACUCAGUCCCCGGCUGAGAUAGAGUGUGAGCAUUUCUUUCGCGAAACUACUGAACGUGACAAAGAAACGGGCAGAUACAUAGUAUCGUUGCCUUUCCGAGAUGAUAUAUUUUCGCUUGGUGAUACUUAUGAAACCGCUCGGAAACGUUUUCUGAUGUUAGAGAGGAAGUUUGAAGCCGCUCCUGAGUUUAAGGCCGCGUAUGACUCAGUUAUCCACGAAUAUUUAGAAAAGGGCUAUCUGUCACCCGCGCCGCUUGUUGACAGUGAUAACUGCUAUCCCGUUUACGUCAUACCACACCACGGUGUUUUGCGUACAGAUAAGACCACUACUAAACUUCGCAUGGUUCUCGACGCGAGUCAUAAAUCGAGUUCAGGCCGCUCACUGAACGAUAUUCUCCAUAGUGGUCCCAAUUUACAAGGUGAUCUGUUUGCAAUUAUUUUAAAUUUUCGUCUUUUCGCUACCGCGCUUUCCGCUGAUUGUAAACAGAUGUUCCUUCAAAUUAUAAUGAAUAAGCGCGAUCGUCGCUUUCAACGCAUGUUAUAUCGUUUUCACCCGCAAGAAGAACUUACCGAAUAUGAAUUUAAUAGGGUUUGUUUUGGACUUAGGUCCAGCCCGUAUCACGCGCUCCGUGUCAUUCAGCAACUCAUUGCGGAUGAUGGAGAUUCAUUUCGGUUAGCAAAGAUAAUUGCUUCUCGCUAUAUCUAUAUGGACGAUAUCGUUUUUAGUGUUAUGUCGGAGGAGGAAGCUGCAUCAGCUGCUAAUGAGCUGAUUGAGUUAUUUAAACGUGCGCAGUUCGAUUUAGUAAAAUGGACAUGUAAUUCCGACUCGGUCUUAAGCGCUCUGCCUUCGUCAUAUAAGAUGUCUGAACCUCUUGAAUUUGAUAAAACCGCUCAAUUUAAAAUUUUGGGCUUGAGUUGGGAUAAAUCUUGCGAUUGUUUUGAAUUUAAAGUAACCAAGCUUGACGAAAGGUGUUCAAAACGAAUCAUUUUAGCCACUGUAGCUAGAAUUUGGGACAUAAUGGGCUUCGUAGCGCCUGUUGUUCUCUUCGCUAAACUUCUCAUAAAGGAUUUGUGGCUAUUGAAACUUGAUUGGGACGAUUGUCCGCCCCAGCAAAUAGUCGAAACCUGGAAAAGGUUUUGUAUAGAGUUACCGCUACUCAAUGACGUCAAAAUACCGCGACAUUUGGGGGUCUUCGAACAUUGCGUUGUACGACUGGUCGGCUUUUCUGAUGCUAGUGAGCGUGCUUAUGGAGCAGUGGUAUACGCCCAUAUUACUCAAGCAAGCCAGGUUACGACGCGACUCGUCUGCGCCAAGUCAAAGGUCUCACCAAUGAAGCCUUUGUCUAUUGCACGUCUCGAACUCUGUGCUGCCGAAUUACUGGCAAGACUAAUUAAACGCGUGCAUGACACCUACGAUUCACGCUAUCAUAUUAGUGAUAUGUACGCGUUCACAGACUCAAUGGUCACACUUUGUUGGAUAAACUCUUCUCCGCACCGCUGGCAAACUUUUGUCGCUAACCGCGUCGUCAAGAUUAUUGACAAUUUACCAGCCGCUAAUUUUCAUCACGUUGCGGGAAUAGAUAAUCCAGCUGAUUGUUUAUCGAGAGGUCUUACACCCGAAAGGCUAAUAUCUCAUCCAUUAUGGUCACAAGGUCCGUCCUGGCUCGCGCAAGACCUCUCACUGUGGCCUAUCACUAAUACAGACCAUAAUACUAUAGCGCUAGACAACGUACCGAAAGAGAAAAUAACCGCACACCCCAUUACUACGUCAGAACCAGAAACGUCCUUAGUUCAAGAUCUUAAUAAACGCAUCUCCUCCUGGAGUAGACUCACGCGUAUCCUUGUUUAUGUCUGCAGAUUUAUAAAUAAACUACCCCGUUCCGGUUCGAUAGCAGUUACCGCGUUCGAUAUAAGCGCCGCAGAGCAUAUGAUAAUAGGCGAUAUUCAAAAAAGACAUUUUGCAUUCGACAUUAGACAGCUGGGAGCCGGUAGUAAUUGCUCGCCCGCGCUAAUGAAGCUUAAGCCAUUUUUAUGCGAUGGCCUCAUCCACGUUGGUGGCCGCCUUACCAACUCCGCUGAAAGUUCAGAAUACAAAUUUCCGAUUAUUUUACCGCGUCAUGACGCUCUUGUAGAGUCUUUGAUCGACUACUAUCACAAGAAAUAUUUACAUGCCGGCCCAGAGCUGCUCAUGUCUUUGUUAAGACAACGAUUUUGGAUCUUGUCCGCUAGACGAAUUAUUCGGUCUAGAAUUAAUAAGUGUAACACUUGCUUUAAAUUAAAACCGCGCCCGCGAUUUCCUUUAAUGUCUGCUCUGCCGGGACAUAGAGUCACGCAAGCGGAGAAAGCUUUCGCUCAUACUGGCUGUGAUUAUUGCGGCCCUAUAUUGUAUACGCCCAUACGAGAUCGAGUAAAAACGGCAAGGGGUACACUCGUGCGACCAGUGGUGCGCUUGUGUCCGUUACCUACACAAUAA